AUGGCGGAACUGGGAGAGGCGGACGAAGCCGAAUUGCAGCGCCUGGUGGCGGCCGAGCAGCAGAAGGCGCAGUUCACCGCGCAGGUACACCACUUCAUGGAGCUGUGUUGGGAUAAAUGUGUGGAGAAGCCAGGGAAUCGCCUAGACUCUCGUACUGAAAAUUGUCUCUCUAGCUGUGUGGACCGCUUCAUUGACACUACUCUCGCCAUCACGAGCCGUUUUGCCCAGAUUGUACAGAAAGGAGGGCAGUAG